GGCGCGGUGCAUUUCGGGAUUGGUAGUUUUCUUCGAGAAAAGGAGGAAGCCGCGCCUAUGGAACGCCGGGCAGGGCGGAGACUCCAUUUCCCGGGAUGCUUCGCGCAGGAAAGGGAAAGGCGCCUGAGUGAGCUGGGCUGAGGAACAGAAUGUAUACCUUACUCUCUGGGCUUUACAAGUAUAUGUUCCGGCGGGAUGAGUACUGCAUCUUGAUCCUUGGACUGGACAAUGCUGGGAAAACUACCUUCCUCGAACAGACUAAAACAAGAUUUAACAAGAAUUACAAAGGCAUGACCUUAUCCAAAAUCACAACCACCGUAGGCUUGAACAUUGGCACAAUAGAUGUGGGCAAGGCCAGGUUAAUGUUCUGGGAUCUUGGAGGACAAGAGGAACUUCAGUCUCUCUGGGAUAAGUACUAUGCAGAAUCCCAUGGGGUCAUCUACAUUAUUGACUCUACCGAUGAAGAACGGCUUCAAGAAUCCAAACGAGCUUUUGAAAAGAUGGUUACUAGUGAAGUCCUGGAAGGUGUUCCAUUGCUGGUUCUGGCUAACAAACAAGAUGUAGAGAACUGUCUGUCAAUCCCUGACAUCAAGACUGCCUUCAGCGACUGCAUCAACAAAAUUGGGAAGAGAGAUUGCCUUACCCAAGCUUGCUCCGCUCUCACUGGAUUGACUGAUUAGAACCAGGAAUCUGAAGCUAAAAUAAAGAGUAGUCAUUGAAUUUCUGGCAAAAGAAGGGUGUGCACCUAAGGAAAUCCAUAAUCGCUUGAAGAAUGUUUAUGGAGAUGCUGUAAUGGACAUCAGAAAUGUGCAGCGUUGGGUGAAGAAGUUUGAAAAUGGAGAAAUGGAAAUUGCAGAUAAACCAAGAAGCAGCUGGCCGACAACAUCAGUCACAGAUGCAAAUCGAGAAUGUGCUGAUGAUUUGAUUUGAAGAGACAGACGCAUUACAGUUCAGAAUGUUGCUAAUGCAUUGAACGUUUCAUAUGGCUCUGCCCAAGGAAUCAUUGCUGAUUUAGGAUAUGACAAAGUUUGUGCUAAGUGGGUUCUCACAUAGAUAGUGACUAUGUUGAAUGGUAGUUUUGUGUAGAGGAUAGAUAAGGCUAUGAUCUGUUCAUGCAUAACGUUUUUAUGACACAGGAGGCAAAACUUUUUGACGUGUGUGUGUGUGUGUGUGUGUGUGUGUGUGUGUGUGUGUAUAUAUAUAUACAUCCAUACAUACAUAUAUCUGGAGUUACACUUAAAAAUGUACCUGUUCUGACUUACAAAUUCAGCUGAAGAACAAACCUUUGUAACUUGGGGACUGCUUCUACUUUCCCUAACCUGAUGUUAUGUAUUGUUUGGGUGGGGAUAUGAUGGUGGCAACAUUGAUGUUUUCCCCACUUUGAGGAAUGAUGCUCAGCUUAUCCUUGGAUCAGGUCAAAAUCCAUAUUCUAGACCCUCAAAACCUGCCCUUGACUUAUACAUGAGUAUAUAUAGUUGUUCUUAUUUGUUUAUUUUCAUUUAACAUAUCAUAGUUAAUUAUUUCUCCUGAAGGAUUACUGAAGCUGUAGCCUACAAAAGCAAGGUUCUCCCAGGCUUUGGGUUCCCUUAGUUAAAGUCACCAUUUUCUAUUGCCUCUUGAUGGGCAAAUAAGAGCGAGCACUGGACUGCAACUUUGAAGAACGGGGUUGAAAUCUUCUCUCAGCCAUGGAAACUCACCGAGUGAUGUUGGGCAAGUCACACUCCCUCAGCCUCAGAGGAAAGCACAAGUGAAACCCCUCUGAACGGAUAUUGCCUUAUGGUCACCAUAAGUCAGAAGUGACUCAAAGGCACAGAAUAACACCCUGAUGGGCAAAUACAUCUGUUCUGUCACGCGCUGGGCCUGUAGCUAUUGUCUUUGUAUAGGACGUAUAUGCCCAGUGGGAAGCCAGGGCACCUAAAGAGAGGUUCUUGAGGAUUUCCCUGAAAAGGAUGGCCUUUUGAGUCUUUAAUGAAAUAACAAAGUCUUUAUUGAUGAACAAAUAAUAAAUCUUCAAGGAGUCAAAUAACACUUCAAGAUUUCCUUAAUAAACUGUUGGCUUUUCAAUCUUGUCCCCAGGGGAUGGGCAAUUGGCUUUGGAUAACUGUACUUUCUCUGUAAGAAGAAAAUCCCCUUAUCACCUCUCCCAGGCUGUCUAUCAAAUGGGCCUAGCUGAUGUGGGACCUCUAUCGAUUCCAAAUGCAUCUGGGCAUCGAGUAGACCUACCAACCAAGGCUUGCAGAUGUUUCCGCUGGGGUUCUGUAGAUCUGUGAUGCUGUUCUCUCUCCGAAGUUUCUUUGGAAACUUUAGGGCUGUUUCCCUCAGGAGCUGUGAGGCUGAGAGGCUGUGAGCUCUCAGCCAGAGCUUUUGGGACUUUCCCCCUGGAAUUUCUGUUUCUGUUUUCUCUGAUGUUCUAUAUCCCCGGAUAUUAUUGAGAUAUGAAGCUUUUCUACGGGACGAGCUGAUCUACGUCCUAUAGCUUAGCUUCCUUAAGGGCUCUCUCCCAGAGCCCUGAACAAGGAGCGGAACCAAACUUAAUGAUGAUUGACAUGCGGCCUGUCCUAUGACUGCAAACAUUAGCAGCAAGAAAAUAAAGUUGGAGCUUCUGGUACAACCGUACCAGCACAACAUCCCAUAUUUCUCUGAUGUUUGGGUGAUCUAAUCUUUCUUGUGCUGAUAGUUCAUGAUCAGGUCACAAUAAGUCAGAAAUGGCCUGAAGGCAGUGCACACAGCAACAGCAAUUCUAGUUGAAAUUGAGCAACAGAAUGCCAGUUGCUGACAAAUGCAUAUGUAACUUGGGACUAAUAAUUGGUGUCAGGUUUAAAUCUGGGUAGGAACCAGACUAUAAUGCGUUGAUACUCAGAUCUAUACAAGCCAGGAGUACUGAGCUGGAAAGAGAAAAUAGGUAAUGGUAGAUUAAAUUACCUUUUUUGCUCCAAAUUUUCAAACUCUUCAAAGAGAACAACUUUGGGGAGAUACUCUGCAAACUAUGUGUGUUUUCUCUCAAGAGGAAUCCCAUUUCCAAUGGCGUCUGGAAAGUCCCAAAAAUAUCAUGCCAGUAGACCUCUCUGUUCCUUCUUUGAAGUAAUAAAUUUCCGCUUGCACAGCCAAAGUAAUUAAUCAAUUAAAACAGCUAUUCAUUGGACUCCUAUUCAAAGCCUUUCUUCUCCUGACAGCACAGGUCACUUAUCAGCUCCUCUGUAAGUAAACCGAACAGCUGCCAACAGGUUCGCUUUCUGUUUUAACACUUAUUCCUGGCCUUAUGUGUUGCUUUGAUUUGUUUGAGACUUGCAGCCACAGCAAAGCAAACUUAUCAUGGGGUUUCUGGGGCCGAGAAAACACAACUGAGUUUCCAUAGCCAAGGAGGGAACUGAACCCUGUCCUCCAAAGUCAUAAUUCUGUGCUCAAACCACUGUACCGCAUUGUUUGCAAGGAAAUGCAAAGAACGCUGAGCAUGAUGGAGAAAGUAUGAAGCAAUUUCUCCAGAAAGCUAGAAAUCUCUACUAUGGGGAAACUUUCAAUUCUCAGUUAUUCGAGGGCAAAAGGGCACUCAUCACAGGCAGCAGGGAAAGGUGAGCAGGACAUUUGAACUUCUGAGCAGAAAUAAUAAAGGCUGGUGUUGCUAUAUAUAUAUAUAUAUAUAUAUAUAUAUAUAUAUAUAUAUAUAUAUCAAUAGGCUUGCCUUAGAGUUGCCGUAAGUCAGAAGUGACUUGAAGGCACAAUACUACCGCCAGCACAACAACCAUGCACUUCUACUUACACCGUUACACAUUAGUUGUGAUACGAAAAUCCUUGUGUUGAGCAGCAGCAAAUGAACCUAGACAGAAAACGUGCAUCGAAAUGUGCAUGUGCAACUAUGUGCAUUUGUGUCUCAAUGAAUGCUGCACAUCUGCACUGAAAUCAAUGUGGAAUCAUAGUACCAUAGUAUUACAGUACAUAGCUAAGUUCCUGUGGGAUCACUAUCGUAUGUCUUGAGAGAUAGAAAACCCACUCUAGUUCAAUGGUUCCCAACCUGUGUGUCCCCAGCUGUUUUGGCCUUCAACUCCCAGAAAUCCUAACAGCUGGUAAACUGGAUGAGAUUUCUGGGAGUUGUAGGCCAAAACACCUGGGGACCCACAGUUGAGAACCACAGCCCUAGUUGAUUACAAUCCCCAGGCUGAGUAACUGGAGUAAUUAAGGUCAACAUGUUUUAGGCCACUCCCAAAGGGUAUAACUGGGGAGAGUUUGUUAUAUAUUUUUGGGCUUACAGGAUGUUCGCCUCUGAACUUACUUGGUGUAAGCUCCUGGCUUACCGCCUAUUUGAGGCUGGCAAGUUUUUUUUUCCAUGUUCAUCUCCAUGAACAAGUUAUGAAGAUUGGAAGAAGACAUAUUUUCUGACGAAAAGCAUUGCGUGAGCUAAGUGCAAGGACCAUAUGUGUUUUUUAAUAUUAUAGAGGAACUGUGACUGUGUUGAAGUUGCUGUUUUUUCCAUGAACUCUGCUGCACAAGAGUAAAGUUUGAGUUUUGCAUUUUC